AUGGCACCCAUGAAACAAACCCAACUGGCUGAGCCCACUAUCCUCCAAACUCACGUGCCGUUUCCGGUUAUCGACAUCGAGACCUUGGAUGGAGACAGCGUUGUCCUCGGAAAACACGAGACAGACACCAUUGUCGUUGAGUCGGCAUCGGAGCUGGUCACUUCCAGUAUUACGACGUCUCUGUUCCGGACCCAGAAGGGAGACAACAGUUCGUUGAACAUUGUUCACGAUGCCAACGGGCGGCCCAUGGUGUUUUCUGUUGGAUCGGACGGCUUACUGGACAUCACUCCGGUCGCCGAGAACGCCUCUGUUUCUGUCACGGCCUUUGACGUGCUUGAAAUCAAGCAGGAUCUUCACUUUUCAGCAUCUGUCAGAUACACGCCAGGGGGAUCCGAGGAAACACACCAAGUCUUCUGGGCGAGCAUCAAGCAACCGAAUGCCCAAAUUACCGACGGACAGUUGGCGGGUUUUACGGCCUCAGAUCUCAAGUGGAAGCCCAUCCAGAACAACCUGGGGCCUCGCGUCAUUACCAAACUGGUCAACGUUGUUAACCCAGAUGCUGUGCCUGGAUCGCCCGCUUUCACCAUCUUCGCGGCAACAAGGACUACAGAGACACACUUGGCCUCGACCUAUGCUAUCAAUCCCAGCCAGUCAGCUUCUGCGCCAUGGACGAUUAUCUCCUUUGGCGCCCAGUCCUACUCCAUCGUCGACAUGCAACCUGUCAUUGUUGGGAGUGCCUCCAAGGGAGCCAAGAAGCGCGCCGGACUCACCUUACUGCACGAUGCCCCAAGCCAAAAGGCCGACGUUGAGCGCCGGUGCCACGUUCUGACGCUCAAUGAUGCACGCAAUGAAGCCUUUGGCCUGAUCCCGCUCAACACUGAGAAAAUCAGCAGCCCGUCAGCCAUAUGGACCUCUUUCAACUCCUGGGGGUCCCACGACGUCCUGGUUGCGGGCAAUGGAAUUGCCUUCCAUCAGUUCCAGAAUCUCAACGACCCCUGCCUCGACAGCAAGGGCGAUGUCAUCCUCCCGCACAUUACCUUCCGCCAGGUUACUUGCAAGGAGACGAUGCUUGCUAACCCACGCCGGUACAUCCUCUCCAUCCUAGCCGUCUCCGAGGACGAUGAGCUUUACCUCAUCGAGGGCGAGCGAGACGCGACAAACUUUGGUCUCCCCACGUUUAACUGCUCCGGCCUCCCUGUCCGGACCAAUGUGGCCCAGAUUGCUUGCCACUACAACAAGCAGAUCGACGCCAUCGAGUUCAUCUAUACUACCAAGCGGGACAACCAAAUCUCUCAUCUGGCUCGCGACAGCAAAACCGGUGUUUGGAUAUCCACCGAUCUCCAGGUCCAAGGUCCCGGGACGUUAGCCAAGGAAAACCAGUAUGUCACCACCAUCACGCUUUUGAGUAAGGCGACCGGCGACCCCGUGCCUGAAGGGUAUCCCGUAUCGUUGAAGUCAGAGCCAGUGUUUGUCAAGAUUAACGACCUGGCCUAUCGUCUCAACCGGAUGCGGCCCACGGUGGUCAAAACCAACGCCGCGGGCCAGAUUGACAUCGUCACCGCAGCGCCCGAUCACCUUGGCAUCUCCUCUCUCGAACUUAGCCUCGAAAGUGGAACGAGGGACAGUGGCCCGAAUUACAAUGUGGAGGACAAUUCAUCGUCCAUUGGAUCCGAAACAACGCUCGUCGAGUGGCACGGUGCUGCUGCUCAGACCAGCGAAAAAGGUGCUCAUGUUCAAAGAGGGGAGCAAUCGUGGAUCGAAAAGGCUGUUGAUGUCGCUGUCGAGUACAUUGGUGAUGCCCUCGAAUUCCUGAAGACGGUUGUCAAGCAGACAGUCAAGUUCGUCGUCAAAGUUGGCGCCAAGGUUCUGCGCAUUUACUUGAGGAUCCAGGGCAAGGUUCUCAGCUUUGUCGUUAAACAUACCGCCGCUCUCGUCCGGUCCGUGAAACUCAAAGAUGUGGCUCUUGGAUCGCUUACCGUCCUCGAGCGAUUCCUCGCUAUCAAUCGCUCAAGCCUCGAAGACCUUUUCAAUGACGCCGAGACAUUGAUCUUUGGUUCAGUUGAGAGGCUUCAAGAACCCCAGGCGCCCCGUCAAGAAACGACAAUCGAGCGUUUCAUCAAGAGAAUCCUCAAUUCGCCCAUCGUCAAGCUCAUCCUCAAGUUCAAUCCUCUGUCGUGGAUCCUCGAGGGAGUUAGCGAGGGCCUUUCCGAGUCUUUGCCUGAUUUCAAACUUCCAGACAUCACCUCCCUCGCCGAGGCUAUUGGCAUGACAGGCGACGCCCUUCUAGAAGUCUUCCUGACGGCCUUUGGUCAAAUCAUUGAAAACAUCGCCACCAGCGGCACCGAGGCCUUGCUCAACCCCAAGCAAAUGCUGGGCAUCAUCAUCUCUGCCAUCAAAAAGGCCUCCCGGACGCUGUUCCACGCCACACGGGAUACGAUUCUCAUUGCAGUUGACUGCAUCAUCCGCGUGAUCCACGUCAUCCCUGGGCUCCUUACCGAGGCCUGGACAAUCCCGGGCCUGACAGACGUCUGGGAGGACUGGACCGGGCAGGAGUUCUCGCUGAUCAACUUUGCAACCUAUGGCUCAGCCGUCCUGUUGGACCUCAUGACCUUUGCGGUAUUGGACCAGGUCAAGACAUCCGCCUGUGCCCCCUUCCGCCCAGGAUGGGCCGAAAGGAUCGAGAUGGAGCCCUUGUACACCAGCUUCCAAGACACGAGGAACCAAGCAGUGCUUGCGGCAAGAUAUCCCGGACCAUCCAGGCCAGAGGAUACUAAUCCUAUGGUUAUGAUGGUCAUGGCAGAUUAUGGAAGCAUCAGCCAAAAAGACGACGAAAAGCAAGGGGCAGCGCCGGAGACCGAGGAAACAUCCAACAGUUCCUUCAAUGACUGGAUGAGCAUCGUGGGUGGCCUCUUCAAGCUUGUCACGAACGGCCUCAUCGUCUACCAAGCCGGAAGAGCCGAGGAGCCCAUAGGACGCAAGAUGGUCGCCUUCAAAACUGUUACUGCACUGGUUGCCUUGGGUAGCAUGAUUGGUGAGGGAAGCAGUUAUAUCACAUCUUCGGUCGAAAAGGCCAACAAAGAUCCCAAGGAUAUUGCCAACCUGGGCCAAAACCUCGGCAUGAGUGCUGGCCUCUCCGUCGCUGUGGUCGGUGUCAUGGUGGAGGCCUACAUGGACAUCACGAAGGCAGUCACCGAUGCUCGGAUUGCGAAUAUGGACUUACCUUUCGACGAGAUGGAUAAACAGAGACAGUACCAGGCUCAGAACAAAGUGGCGCAUUGUGUUGGCGGGUGCGCAUUGAAUAUUGGCGCUGCCGCCAUGACGGGUUGCGUGCCCGGAUGCUGGUCCAAGCCGCGCUGGGGUAACAUUCUCCAGACGGGCGCGAGCGUCGGGGGCGCUGUAGCUGUUGUGGCAGCCAACUACUUUGAUGAAACCCCGAAGGGCAAGGCUAUCAAGUGGGGGAUGCUAAUUACUGAUUCGAGCCUGACGGUAGCUAGCAUGUACUCAGGUUUCUCGAAUAUUGUCGCGCCGGCGGCGUCCAAAUGAGGAGGGUGUUUUGGACUGGAAAUGGAUAUGGUGUUAUUGUACACAGCGGCUGGUUAGGUACGAUGGUUCCAAUGAGUGUGUCAAAGCGAGGAAAUGGGUGGAAUUGGUCAAGACAAAGGGUUACUUAAUGCCAAAAAGAAAGGUUACAAAUAAGUUG